UCACCACCUUUUUAUUUAUUUAUUUAUUCGGUACUUCCCUACCAUUGUAUACGAAAUACCAUUGCUCUCUUUCUCUUGUUCUGUAUUUUAUUAUGUUCUUCAUCUAACCCGCUCCCUCUCUUUAACUCCAUGCAACUGCUUCUGCACUCGGUUCUGAACUUUCUUGCCCCAUUGCACUUCCAACUUGUUGCUGCUCAAACACACAUGAAGGGGCUAGUGGCGGUGCUUUUACUUGUAGCAAUAAGCACUGUUGUGGAAAGCAAUGGAGAAGACAAUGGUGGACCAUGUAAACAGAAUGCAUUGAAAGUUAGGCCUCACAGUGUGUCGAUCUUGGAGUUUGGGGCAGUUGGAGAUGGAAUAACAGUGAACACAGUUGCGUUCCAAAAUGCAAUAUUUUAUCUCAAGUCAUUUGCUGACAAAGGUGGUGCUCAACUGUAUGUUCCAUCUGGCAGAUGGCUUACUGGGAGUUUUAACCUCACCAGUCACCUCACUCUGUUCCUUGAGAGAGGCGCUACCAUCAUUGCAUCUCAGGAUUACUCUCAUUGGGAAGUAGUGGAUUCCCUCCCUUCAUAUGGUAGAGGAAUUGACGUUCCAGGUGUGAGAUAUCGCAGCUUGAUCUAUGGACAAAAUUUAAGAGAUGUGGUAGUUACUGGUGAUAAUGGAACUAUAGAUGGGCAAGGCUCUAUCUGGUGGGAGCUGUUCAGUUCUCAUUCCUUAAAUCACAGUCGACCAAAUCUUAUAGAAUUUGUUGAUUCUGUUGAUGUCAUAAUUUCAAAUUUGACUUUUUUAGACUCUCCUGCUUGGGACAUACAUCCAGUAUAUUGCAGUAAUGUUCAAAUUCAAAACAUAACUUCUCGUGCACCAGCCGAAUCCCCUUACACAAGUGGUAUAGUUCCAGAUUCUUCUCAGUAUGUUUGCAUUGAGAACAGUAACAUUAGUACUGGCCAUGAUGCAAUUGUGCUGAAGAGUGGUUGGGAUCAGUACGGUAUUUCCUAUGGAAAACCAACCUCGAGUGUCCACAUCAGCAAUGUUUACCUACAAUCAUCGUCAGGUGCUGGUUUGGCACUUGGGAGUGAGAUGUCUGGGGGAAUACAUGAUAUUUUUGCAGAAAAGCUUCAUAUACUCAAUUCUCCUAUUGGCAUUGAGCUGAAGACAACUAGGGGUAGAGGUGGCUAUAUGAAAGGCAUCUUAAUUUCUGAUGCAGAAUUGGAAAAUAUUUGCUUAGGGAUUAGCAUGACAGGAUUCUCCGGUUUCCAUCCAGAUGAUGAGUAUAACACAAGUGCAUUUCCAGUUGUUGGUAGCAUCACGUUCAAGAAUGUGAUUGGUGCAAAUAUUGGUGUUGCCGGGAAUUUUUCAGGAUUUGUUGAAUCACCAUUUUCAACAAUCUGUCUUUCAAACGCGACCUUUUUUGUCAGUUCUGAAGCAUCUCCUUCAUGGUUCUGUUCUAAUGUAGUUGGUUUCUCUGAAGAGGUGUUUCCUGAGCCAUGUACUGAUCUCCAGAGUUCGGAUUCCAAGUUUUCUUUUUCUUGUUUUUCUUCCCUAUAUCCACAAUUAAGUAAUGUCUCAGCCUUUUUGGAUCAUCACCCACAAGAAUUAUAGUCGCUCAUUUCAUUCACUCUAUACAUGAUAUUGAUAUACAAAAUUCAAAUCCAUCUAGAGGUUCUUCAACUUCAUCACAAUUUUCCAAUAAACGAAAGUUCAUGAUGCAAAUGUGUUCCUUCUCUUCAACAUUUCAAUCGACCUUCCAUUGUUGGUGUCAAGUCCAAAUAUAUAAUGUAUAUUUAUUUAUGUACAGCCUCAAUUUCUU